AUGGUGGGGGUGGCAGGGAAGUCCAAGGGCUGCAACACAUGUCGAAAGCGAAAGGUUGCGUGCGAUCAGGAAAGACCGGCCUGUGCUCGGUGCACCCGGUCAAACCGAGUAUGUGGUGGAUACGAAAGAGAGAGAGUCUUUGUAUUGGUUCAACCGGCUGCCGAAAAGAAACAUAUCUUUCUUAAACCGCACUCGUUGGAGGUCAGUUCACAUUCGAAGGUCCUGCAGAACGGGUCCGAGGCAUUGGAGCUGCUGCCAGCCAGUACUCGCGUCCGAAGUCACGAAGCCUUUUAUUCCUUUGCUGAAAGGGGCAUGGCAUAUGUCGCGAUGCAAAACCGUAAUGAACGGCAUAGCUUAAUCCAGGCAUUUCUCUCAACCUGCUUUCCGGCUCAACACCCCCCUUCAACAUCCCGAUCAUGGAUAUCAUUGCUUGGAGAGCUGCCGACGGGAGGCAACGCGCUGGAUUUAUCCAGUGCUGCUAUCGCUGCCUCAGUCAUAGGGCGCAGUUUUCAGAACAAUACACUGAUCAGAGAAAGCCUUAAGCUCUACACACAAGGCCUUCAACAGCUACAGCGCGCUUUGUGGGACCCCAACCUCAUGCGAGAAGACGGAACUCUUGCGGCGUGUAUGGCCCUCAGUCUUUAUGAAGCUCUAGAAUGUCCGAGUGCCGGAUCCGACGGGUACUUUAGCCACUGCAAGGGCAUAUUAGCUUUGGUUCAAGCUCGCGGCGUAUAUGCACACUCCUCGGGUGCGGGGCAUCAAUUGUUUCUCGGUGUCAGAAUUCCGGGGAUCUUAUAUGGCUUGGAAUGCCAAACUCCAAAUUUCCUAUUUGACUCCAUCUGGAUAGAGCAGCCCUGGAGAGGAACCCAGAAACCCUUCUUCCAUCAGGUAGCCGAUUGUCUCUCACAAGCCCCUAGUAUUUUACAACGUGUACAAACCUUGCCCCACCUGAGCCCUGAUCAGCAGGCCCAGCUGAUUCACGACCUGGUUCGUGAGUGCUGGCAAAUUGACGGGAGUCUAGAUAGAAUCUAUGAUGAGAUGCACUUUGCCACUUCAGAGCCCCUUUAUUGGCUAGUGCCAUCUCAGAGCAAUCUCUGCGCAGUAACUGGACCAUGCAGAAAUCUCUUCCCAGUGUCUUUCUGUUUCACUGACCCUGAAAGCGCCACAACACUCAUCUUACUCUGGGCGGUACGAGUAAUGCUUUGGUCGGGGCUUUGCAAUCUAUAUCGCAUCCCUAUACCCGAGAUAUCUGUGGAUCGUGUCGUUCAUACCAGCCCUGUCAACACUUCUACUGGUGAAAUAUUUGAACCACUACCCCCUCUCGGCCACCGGUUAGAUUAUCCUGCUAUGGUUCACCACGUCUGCCAAUCUGUGGAAUAUCUUUUGCAAGAUGAGCUGCUGCUGGCUGGUCCGUUAUCAGUUAGCCUAGCACUUGGAAUUGUUAUUGAUACCAUCCGGGAAGAACCCCGGUGUGUUCAAGAGGCUACGUGGCUACAGACUGCACUGGAAGUCGUUCAACGGAGGGGUUUAGGUGUCCUGAAAUAUGCCCGUUCAGGGCGAUAG